UUCUUUACGCAGUAAUUCUCUAUCGUUAAUACAAAAAACCUUAGAGAAAAACUGCGAUUUUUCGUCGCCGAACUUUUCUUCCUUUUUAAUUCUUCCCAAUAACACCAAGUCCAAAUUACUAGAUAAAAGGAUGGCCCGCCAAAUCGCUGUGUUUGCUUUGGUCUUGAUCGCCCUCGUCGGCUUGGUUUCCGCCGCCGGAUCUAAGGCCUCUACCUCACCUGCACCUGCACCUGGCGGUGCUAGCAGCCUUGCGGGUUCACCUGAAUCCACUUUAAGUGGUGCCGGUUCUCAUUCUGAAGCUUCGGCCCCUAGUCCUGGCAGUGGCACCACACCUGAGGUCUCGACUAUUGCAGGAGUUGGAGCUGUCGUCGUUGCUGGCUAUUUUAUGUUUUAAAUACGUUUAAGAAUGCCACGAGGAUGCCUUUAUAAAUUAUGUUGAGCUUUGUAUGAAUUACUUACUACUAACAAAUAAAUGAAAUGGA